ACACGCUACGUAGCACACCUGCAAUGGGACAGUGAGCGCAGACUAGAGGAGCUACGAAGGGAACGCGAAGAACGGGAGAAACAGAGGGCUGUGCAGCAGUGCCAGCGUGCAUGGCAGUCACAAGUUUCUACCCGGCAGCGCUGGCUUAACCAGCAGGAGCGUGAGGCUGCAGAAGCGAAACUUCGGCAAGCAUUGGAAACUGAGGAGCGUUGGAAGGAAUUGGCUGAGCAACAAGAACGCAGCCGGUUGCAGAAACUGCAACAGACUGCUCGCGAGGAGAAACACAAGAAGGAAUUACAAGAACAGAACCUUAAAGCACUGGAGGAGGAGCGAGCUGCUAUUCUUGAGCAAGAGAAACUGCUCCUUAAGGAAAAACUGACCAUUGCUGAGUUGAAGCGACAGGAGCGAGAGCAUCAAAUUCAAGAGGAGCGUCGUGGACUCAACCGUGCCGAGAAGAGGCGCCAUGCAGCUCUUAUCCAAGAGAUUGCACGCAGAGAAGCGGACGAGCGUGAAGAAGCACAGAGAAUAGCCGAAGAGAAGCUAAGUAGGUCUUUGGAGAACUAUGAGCAAAUACAAGAAAAACGUGGGCAAGAGUUAAAGGAGAAAGCUAAGCGAGAAGAGAAGCAGAUCCAGAAAGCAAGACGG